AUGGCAACAAGCUAUAUGCCAUAUGAUGAUUAUGCACAGGAAGAAAGUAUAUAUGGAAAUGAAUAUUCACGAUCUAUGCCACAGGAUGGUUAUUUAGAAAUGCCACCAAAUGAAUCAGAUGGUGUUGUAGGUACAUCAAGAAAUGGAUCUUAUAAUAUUGUUUCAAAAGAUUUUGGAGAUCAUAAAGUUAAUUAUUAUGUUCCACGUGAAUAUGGUGAUGAAUAUGAUAUAAACCAGUUAGAAGAUAUGUCAAUAGCUGACGAGCAACCAUUUCGCAAUCAAUCGGGAGUUGUUUCGCAACGAAUGCAACAACAAUAUGAUAAUUAUGACCAGGCUGAUGGAUUUGACUAUAUAGAAGAAGCGCCAGAGGAAACGCCUCGUCCAAUCACGAGUGUGCCACCAAGACGAUACGGAGAAAGAGAUGUUAUUCCAGAAAUGUAUGAACCACCACCGCAUCCAGCUGAAUAUAUUUAUGAACAACCACCACCGCAUCCAGCUGAAUAUAUUUAUGAACAACCACCACCAGUUGAAUAUGUUUAUGCACAACCACCACCAGUUGAAUAUAUUUAUGCACAACCACCACCAUUUCAGAAAGUACAAUAUAUUUAUCCACCGCCGCCACCACCACCACCACCGCCACGACCUAUUGAUACAAUGGAAUAUGUCUAUAAAGCUAUAACACCGCCACCACCUGAGAAAAUACAAGUUACAAUAAAAGAACCUCCACCAAAACCUGAACCAAAACCUGUAAUUAAGAAACCCCGACCUCCUCGGCGUACAAAAAUUAUUAUUAGAGAACGUCUUGUGACACCUCCUCCCUCUCCUCCUCCUCCACCACCUCCUCCACCACUACCAUCACCACCACCAUCACCGCCACAACCAUCACGUGCAAGUCGUGUAUCUUACCGCAAAAUAAUUAUUCCAAGAACACCUACACCAGAAAUGCCUGGUGUACCUCGUCGUACAUUGGUUCUUCCAAGAUCACCUUCACCAGAUCCUAACAAAUCGUCACGUCGUUCACUUCACUUUUCAAAAACACCUGCCAUACCAAGUCUUAAAAAUACACGUCAUAUAGAAGUAACGGAACCAUAUUCGUCUAGAACACCAAGAAAAACAGAUGAUAACGCUCCAAGUUUAAUGGAGAUCGUUGCACAAAAUCGAGCAAAACGUGGUGGACGUGCACCCAAACCAAAACGAGAAGUUGAAGAAGAUCGACCUUAUGAUCCACCAACAUAUCACAGAGAUGUUGUUAAAAACGGUUUUGUUGUUCAUAAACAAGCAUACAAAUAG